GCUGUGCGGCCGCCGCAGCCGCCCCUCUCUCCUCCCACCGGUCCCCACCCCCCACCCCCAGCGCCUCAGUGCCGCGCCGCCCGUCCCAGGGGAGCCGCCGGCGCACCUGGCGCCUCGAGCGCCCGGGCACUGCGCGCUGGUGGCCACACCGCCCGGCGCGCAGCUGCCAGCGCGCUCCCUCCCGAAACAUUUAAGUGGAGUGGCUUGUCUAGCGCCCAGCGAACAACAUUAUCCAAUUGCUUCCCGUUUUACUCGCAGGCUGGGAGCUGAGAGAGCCUGAGCGUUCACUUUCAACCCUCAAGGGGAGGAGGGGGUGCGGGCGGGGAGGGGAGAAGCUCCCGAAGCUUGCGGCUCCACCUCGCGCGCGGCGCGGCCAGAGCGCCCGGCUCCGGCAGAGGCGAGCAGCGCCGGUGAGCCCCGCAGCAGCGCGCCGCCGGGCCGCCCGGAGCCCCGCGAUGGAGAUGGCAGAGGCAGAGUUGCACAAGGAAAGGCUGCAAGCCAUAGCAGAAAAAAGAAAGACGCAGACUGAAAUAGAAGGCAAGCGCCAGCAGCUUGACGAACAGAUACUUCUGCUGCAGCAUUCCAAGUCCAAAGUGCUUCGGGAAAAAUGGCUGCUGCAGGGUAUCCCCGCCGGAACUGCCGAAGAGGAGGAAGCCAGGAGGCGGCAAUCUGAGGAGGAUGAGUUCCGAGUCAAACAGCUGGAAGAUAACAUCCAGAGGCUGGAGCAGGAAAUACAAGCGCUAGAAAGUGAAGAGUCCCAGAUAUCUGCCAAAGAGCAAAUCAUCCUAGAGAAACUAAAGGAGACAGAAAAAUCCUUUAAGGACUUUCAGAAGAGCUUCUCCAAUGCGGAUGGAGCUGUGUACGCCAUGGAAAUUAAUGUGGAGAAAGACAAACAAACAGGAGAGACCAAGAUUCUCUCUGCAUCCACCAUUGGCCCAGAGGGGGUCCAUCAGAGAGGAGUCAAAGUCUAUGAUGAUGGUACCAAAGUAGUGUAUGAGGUGCACUCGGGAGGCACUGUGGUAGAAAAUGGAGUGCACACGUUAAGCUCAAAGGAUGUAGAAGCACUUAUUCAGAAGGCGGGACAAUCAAGCUUCAGAGGAGGGCACGUGUCAGAAAGAACUGUGAUCGCAGAUGGGAGCCUUGGCCACCCGAAGGAGCCCAUGCUCUGCAAGGAAGCCAAGUUAGAAAUGGUACAUAAGUCUAGGAAGGAUCAUUCUUCUGGGACCCCAGGGCAGCAGCCCCCAGCCCCCAGCACAGAAGGGCCCGAGGCCAACUUGGAUCAGCCAGUCACCAUGAUUUUCAUGGGCUACCAGAAUAUUGAAGACGAAGAGGAGACGAAGAAGGUGCUAGGCUAUGACGAAACCAUCAAGGCGGAGUUGGUCCUCAUUGAUGAAGACGAUGAGAAGUCAUUGAGGGAGAAGACCGUGACGGACGUGUCCACCAUCGAUGGGAACGCAGCCGAGCUUGUGUCCGGGAGGCCGAUCUCAGACACCACAGAGCCCUCAUCCCCAGAAGGGAAAGAAGAGAGCCUGGCCACAGAGCCAGCCCCAGGUACCCAAAAGAAAAAGCGCUGUCAAUGCUGUGUUGUCAUGUGACCACUUCUUUCUUCCCUUUUCUUCCGGGCAGCCUCUGGGCUCUCCACCACUUCCGUAGACCUCACUGUACUGCUAACGGCAAUACUGUCAGCUGGAAGCAAACACCUGCCUUGCCUUGCAGUUGGAUUGCUUGGGUCUCUCUUAUUUUUGUCCCCCUUUCAUUUUUCUCCAGUUUCCUCACCUGAGAGACAACGUGCAUGUGUGUGCUUCAUUCUUUCCAAGAACUUACUUUUCCUCUAAACCUUUCCUUGUGUCUUCAAGAGUGAAUCAAUUUCUUACUGCUCGAUUGGAAUGGACUCUCCACAUCAGCCAGUUCUAUAGUAGCCUUAACUCACUUGACUGGAAUCGAACCCGUGGCCCUGGGGGUUUCCUGUUGUAGCGUGUUCCUAUAAUGUAGUCACACAUCACCACGUCGCUGACUUCCCACUUGCCUCCCUUGCUGUGGAUCUUUGCUUUUAUAUCGUGUGUGGCAAAAUGCUGUGGGCUCUAGCUGGUUGCCAGCGUGGCCAAAAGUGGACCUUAUACUUAGUCUGUUCAAUCUAGGGUGAUGCUUUUUGCUGCCUUACAUAAGCUUCCAGAUUACAGUAUUGUGCAUCUAUGACUUUCCAUCUGUUAAAACUGAAAUGACGUUGAUGUAAAAGAAAAGGAACCCAGUGCUUGUCGCAGCUGAAAUGUAGGGACUGAUUCCAUAACCCGCCCAUCAGCAGCCGUCUCUUUCUGUGGCUUACCUGAUGGACCCUUUAUAUACGAAGCACCAUUUUUAAUUUUCUAAGGACAUGAAACAAACAUUGUUUUGAGCAUUCGUAGUAAUCUCUAAACUUAGGCAUAUCCAUGAGCCUUGCUUCUAUUCUCUCAGAAAAAAAAAAUGUAAAUUUUUAUAUUGUUUUCUUUUUCACGGAUAUUUUCUGAUCAUGUUAAUCUAUUUUCAACGAAGGGAUCAUUUUGAGGAGUAUCUCUGCAGUGACCAUAUUUCUAGAACAGUCUUUUUGACCAACUGUGGUUGCUGCCAAGCUUCCAUUUCAUUGUGGAUGGACGGUGCUGGAACUGAAUUUACCUGUUCAUCUCCCCUUCCCACUUGAUUACAGAGCCUUACUUCUGGACUCUUUUCUUUCUGUCCCAUGAGAAAGAGAAUGUUUCCCAUAAUGUCACCAUGCAGGUUGAUCCACCCUUCAAAAUCAGCUUGAAAAUGUAAAAAAUGUGUAAGAAAGACAUGUCUUCUCCACGUUAAGUCCUUAAACUCAUUCCACAAGUACCGGCUGAGUGGCACAUAGCGGAGCUUCUUAAGGCAUGUUUCUUAAACUUCUGGAGAUUUCAGAACAUCAGAGAAUAGUUUUUUGGUUGUUGUUGUUUUUUUUUAAUCUAGAACACAAUGAACAAUUUAAAUAAAUUCUUAGCAUUCUCCCAAAGCAAACAGCCAGGUGUGUAGUAAAACCAAAGGGAAGCAAUAGAGUAAAAAAAUAAUACAGUAAUAAAAUAAAGAUGUAACAUUUUAACUGGUUUUAAUAACAGAGAUCUCUUAACCUGAAGUUAUUUGCCCAGAUGCUCAUAGCACUGUUGCAAAUCAUUCACAAAAUAUAUCUAUGUUCCAUGGAACAUAGUUUUAAAAAACAUAAAAUAAGUCAUGCUCCCUCAAGUCGAACCUCUGUAGAAAGCAGACAAGAAAAAAAAAAUAAGAUAGUCUUGAGAGAAUUUCUUUAUGGAAUCAACUAAAUUUGUCCUAAACAUAGUUUUCUCAGUGCUAAAUCUAACUGUUACUAUUUUAAGUUUCGUGGCUUGAACUUAUAUUCCAAAUGGAAAGGGGGAAAAUGACAUUUUUAUUGCGAAAAGUUCAUUUCUCUCAAAUAAUUAUAUUUCAGUGAGCACAAAGUAAGUCAUUUUAUCACCAACGGGUAAGCAGAAAAAGUCAAGAAGGGACAAAUAAAGGAGCUAAAUUUUGCUCCUAAAAUGAUUCCAUCAAUGGCUUCCUUUUGAAUAGUGGAGGGGGUUCCCUCUAAAUGAUCUCAGGUUCACCAAAGCAGCUACAGUUGAAUUAGGCUGCUGUCUUAUCUCGGAAUAACAUCUGGUUUUGCUGCCUAGAAAUCUCCCCACUCGGCUUCACACUCCUCAGUCAAUGGUCAUUUAGGCUUCCUUUAAAUGUUGAAGAGAACGACAUGCCAGAUAAACUUAUUCACGUAGAAAAUGAAAAAAGUUUCAGUGUUUGGACAAUCUAUUAUUUUAAUAAUUUAUUUAAUAAAGAAACAAUCUAAAAGUUUACCAUAACUUACCUUUUUUUACUCACUUAGGGGUUAAUAUUAUUCAAUAGGAGUUUUUAAAAGCACAGUUAGUGAGUGGAAUGGUAGAAUGUAGAACCCUUGAGCUUGCUGUUUGAUAACCAGAAUCAGUCUGGUUCGAGGACAGAGAAUUCCCAGAAAUGUUCUACCCAUCCUGCCGUAGUGAGCUAGUUCUUCAUGAAGAAAAUGAUCUGCCCCUUUCACAGCAGCCCUACACAAGAGAUCUGAAAGACCAAUGAUAAUCUGCACUUUCAUUCAUCAGUUAUUAUUAUAGGAAUUAACAAAUUAUAUGAAGUAGAAGUCUCUUUAUAAUUUUACUAUUAAAUCUUAUUAUUAGAGCCUUUAAAGUAAGACAUGUUACCUUUUGUAAAAUGAUAUGUGGCCAUAGGAAGUGGUUUGUUUGAAUAUGGCAUUUAUGUGCUUAUUUUUCAUCCUUUUCUUAUCAAAAUAGAGGAUUUAGGCUCAGCCAGUACUUUUAUGGGAUGAGACCUAUAAUCUCACCUACAGCAUCAAGUAACUACAUAAUGAACAUAUCCUCAGUGUCCUGAUUGAGAACGUUCUGCCUUCCCUGCCAUCAUUCUCUCUGUAAAAACUUUAUUAUGUGUGGUAUCACACCCUCCAAAAAUACAGGGUACUGGCUUCCAUAAUCUGACAAAUUAAAGAACCAGUAAUGAAGCUGCAAGACCAUAGUCUUUUUGAGCCAAUGGUUCGUUGGGUUGUCUUCUAAAACUAAAUAAUCAGUUCCCCCCUUAAACGGAAAGAGAAAGAGGGAAAGGAGGGAUAUUUCAUUUCUUAGAAAUAGAUUUUCAGUGGCAUUGAAUUAAAGAUCUUUUAAUGGUUAAAAUGGUAAAGUUUAACGUACAUAUUCUUACAAAUCUCAAUGACUUGUAUAUCCUUGCCUUUGUUUUCUUUGAUGUGCAAUAGGACAGACUAAGGGGAAUUUUUUUUUUUUUUUUUUUUUUUUACCUUGUACCUCUUUUGCCCUUAAUUCUAUUAAUUACUUUUAUAAGCAAAGUGAGUUGCCUCUAAAAGUGAUUUGACAGUGUCCAGGGACAUCACUAAUACUAGGACCAGAGAGGGUGAGGAGAGAGGGCAUUCCCUUCUGGCCAAACCCAACGCAUGGUUUCCUUCAGCCUCCUGAACAAAGACUUUCAGGAAACUUAGAUUUGACUCCUUUCUGAAUUGCAAUUAUACAUGUAUCAGCUUUAAAUUCCCAUCAACUCCAUUUUACUUCCUGGUCAUAAAUGUGUUUGUUCCUUCAUACAAGUAGAAUGCUUUAUUUCGGUUAGGGUCAAGUUUUUUAUAAAAGGGGGGAAAACAUCAAGAUGCAGGAACCUCUCUGGAGCAAAACAUUCAGGCCAAGUGCGAAAUAGGCUCCUGUCUCUUCGCCUCCUGCAGAACUUCAUUUCAAGGGACCACUGAACACCCUUGAAAUGAACACUUAUUUCCUGCCAUUGAACCAGGGUUGCGAAAGCAGAGGGAGGGAAUAUGGUGACAGAGGCAAAACUCGAACCACUAAACCAGCUCUUCCUUUUUACAAAGCACCCUGUCGAUUUAAAACACAGGCGAACACAAAAUAUUCACAGAGGACUUUUUGUUGUUGUUCUUGCUGAAGAUCUAGAAGCUCAGAUCUCCCUUUGUCAAUGGACUCACUGUGGAGUUCAGCUCACCAAAGGGCCCCUUCCUUGUGGGGAUAGUCUCAUCUCCCAAAGGGUUACUUUGUUUACAGUAAACACCCCUCCAAGGCAAGCAGUUUUAAGUUGUAUUUUUGCAACAUGCACCUUCAGUCAUUGGAACCACAAAGAAGGUUUGAAACCUCAUAAAUAUGCAAUCUUUUAGAAGCUCCUCAGUUUACUUUGUAUCAAGGUAUAUAGAACUCCACUGAUGAGGAUAGAACCAGCAAAUAUCCUUUGUCCUGCUGGACGGUACAACCCAGCAGGUAAAUGGAGUGACGGUGGUAUAUAUCACAAACCAGCUCCAAGAAACCAGCAAGAUGAGCUCUUUGACUCUAGCUGCCAGCGGUCAUUGUAUAGCCUUCUUCUGGUCUUUUCAGGAAUACUGGCCUGCAUUUUCUAGGGACAAAGAAAAGCCAGGCUUUCGUGAUCAUAGGAGCACAAUGCAAUUAUGUGUCUGUAUUUUCAUAGUUUCAGUGAACUCUAGGAUAAAAUUCUCAUUUAAAAAAAAAAAAAAAACCAAAAUACUUAUUAUUUGAAUGUAGAAAAAAAUAAAAUAAAACUUACAUCCUGAAAGGUUUCAAAAGGGCAAUUUCCCUGGGGAUCCCUAGACCAGCCUCGCCCAUCCCCCUUCAUUUUUAUAUGACUUAAAUAGGCCUCUGCUUCCCCUCUCCACUCAGUCUAACCUAAGGUCAGAACCAUAUCACAAAACCUUGCUUUCAACUUGAAAAUAUAAGAUGUAAUUUUGGGGAUCGCAGGUUUUCUGCAUCAAAGAUCUGGACCGCCUUAACUUUUGUAAAAAACAAACAAAACAAAAAAACAAACCAGUUUUUCAAGGCUCUCUUUUACUAAGCAGGGAAACCAAAAUGUUUCCUGAAAAUUAAUGACUUUUUUAUAUUUUGUGACUAUUUUCUAAGUUUCUAUAGGUUGAGGUGUAAAUGGUCAUCUUCUCCCCGUAAUGCCUCUUCCUGGUCAGCGGGGUGGGGAGCGGGGCCUCUUUUUUGCAAGUCACUGCAUUUUUAUCAAAAGAAAAGUAUAUUUCAUGAACCAUAAAUAAA